AGCACUCGCCCUGAGCCCCUGAUGACUAAAUGACAUCACCUGCGUGAGGAGUCGAGGGUGACAGGCCACAAGGGCUCGAAAUGCUUUAAAUAGGAUUGGGACAGCACUUUGAGACCUGCACUGCAGGGAGAGAGACGCCAAAACGAGAGGAUUACAAUUCUUUAAAAAAAAAAAAAAAAAAAAAAUGACAGAAGAGAAGUUGCUGCAGCGACGAUUUGUCUGGUCUGAAGACCAAACCAAAAAAUUAAUUUGUCUCAGGAUAAAACAUGAAGCGCUAUUUACGGGCUUCCGCAACGCGUCCUUACAAGGAUUUGACACUGAAGAGAUCUUUUGACAAUGAAGAUGUGGAUGACAUGCCGUCCUUCUCCUCAAAUUCCCCUGUCUCCACCCCUAUUUCCCCAUCUUCCUGCCAUUUCUUCCUCAACCACAACAAAACCAGUGAGGAGCAGGGAGGAGGUGGCCAGUCUCCUUUUGCCUUCAACAACAUGGGAUCUGCAGGCCACUCCCGCAUCCGGCUAAGUUCCAGUCCCAGCCCUGUGCUCAAGACCCGUGCCAUAGGCAGCAGCUUGUCCUUCAACCGAGGAACCACAAACAAGCCAAUCAUCCACAACAACAGCUCAUCCGUGACCAGAGCUGCUUCUUUCCAAAGCAGGUUAAACCCCAACAUUUGCUCCCCAUUGACUGGGCCAGGCAGUGACAACGACAGCCUUCACAGCUCUACAUCCAGCCUGGAGUACUCUGGUGGGGGUGGCUAUACCCUACCCAUUAACAAGUUGGCAUCAUAUCACAGCCCUGCGCAUCAGAGGGAGUACCAAGGGUCCCAGCCCCAGCAAUCCCAACAGCACCUUGAGGCAAAUACAAAGAAGUUUUUCUCCCAUGGGAGCGUUCUCAAGCCUGAGAUGAAGCAAGGGCAAGGGAUGAUGCUGGAAAUGAGAGGGUCUCAGGGGAUGGAUCCCAGCUCUGUGUCCAUUCUUGACUUCCAAACUCCAAAUGAAGGCGUUGGAGCAGGAACGGGAAUCCAAAGAGGUGCUGGUGGGGGCAGGAUUUCUCCAGGGAUGAAGUAUGUUGAUGCUAAUGCAAACUGGAAUGGUCUUCGGAAUGCCAGUUCCUUUAGAGAAAGUGGCUCCAAAAAAGUUUGCCAACAGCAAGGUCCCCAGGUUCUCAAGAGUCCCCAGCCCAAGACCAAAGAGACUCCACGUCUCAACAAGUUUCCCUUGGACCUUGACAGCUUGGUAAGCAGCAUCUCAACAACCCCCCCCACCAAAGCUGAGGCGGUACCCUUGAGACCAAAUGCCCCGAAAGUUCCUACACGAGGCUCAGGCGACAUUCAGCAUCACAUCGGCCCUCCAUCCACAGCAGCCAGCCCUUCAGCUUCUCUCAGCAGCCUGGACAGUUCUUCUGACACACCAUCCCACUCCUUUAAUUACCCCCCUUCACCCUUCUCUCUGUCUACUCCAGUUCCUUCACAAAGCUCCAUAUCUGUCCCAGACAUGAAUUCCUCCCCUGUGCCCUUCUCACCAGGUGAGAGCCUUCAGCUGGAUAUCCUGUCAGAGUCCCAAGUUGUCUUGGUUAGCCCCAAACUCUGCAGCCCUUCCAGCUCUUCAAGCACCCCCAGCCCCAAAGCAGCUGGGUCUUUGGAAGAUGGUGGAUGUGAUGCAAGAGAUGGUGUAGAUUUAAUCUUACAAAGGAUUGCCUCUUUCUCCUGGUCUGACACCAACCCAGCACAUGUGGUCCAAACUCCAAAGUCCAUCCAAAGGAGUGGUGGGUUGCCAUCUGCACUGGAGCGUCCCACUGAGACCAUGCCCAUGACGACAUGGAAAGAUGGGAGAAAGGGACGUAGAGAAACUGCUGGAGAGCUGCAGACAGAGCCAUUCACCUCGAUGGAGGAGCGAGGGGAAAAGGAGAGAAGCAUCAUGAGAGAGGAGGACGAGGGCAAGAACAAAGAGCAUCUAAACAUCCACACCUCCCCGGCAGACAAAGAGAACUGUGUGGAGGUUCAUACGGAGCUGCAGGAGAACGGAAAGGAGAAUGGGAUGGAAGUCGGAGAUCUAGAGGAAGAGAAAGAGCCGAAGGCGGAGGUGAAGGUGGAGCUUUGCCCACCUGUUCCAGGACUGCAGACCAGCUUCAUACGGGGAAGUGACUUGUUUGGUUAUGUGGGCAUCGAGGCAGUGCUGGACCAGAUGAGACAGAAGACUAUAAAGGCGGGGUUUGAGUUCAACAUCAUGGUGGUUGGUCAGAGCGGCUUGGGGAAGUCCACGUUGGUUAACACACUGUUCAAGUCCAAAGUCAGCCGGAAGUCCUGUACACCCAAUUAUGAAGAGAAGAUAUCCAAAACAGUCAAACUGCAUGCAGUCAGCCAUGUGAUUGAGGAGAAGGGGGUCAAGCUGAAGCUGACUGUGAUUGACACUCCAGGAUUUGGAGACCAGAUCAACAAUGAGAACUGCUGGGAGCCCAUCGUGAAGUAUGUCAACGAGCAGUAUGAGAAAUAUCUGAGAGAAGAGCUGAAUGUCAACCGUAAAAGGAGGAUACCUGACAGCAGAGUGCACUGCUGCAUCUACUUCCUCCCUGCCACCGGACACAGGUUACGUCCGAUUGAUAUGGAGUUCAUGAAGAGGCUGGGGAAGAUAGUGAGCAUCGUGCCUGUCAUCGCCAAAGCUGACACACUCACCGUUGAGGAAAGACAGGAGUUCAAAGAGAGGAUAAGACUAGAUCUAGCAGCCAAUGGAAUCCAAGUUUACCCCCAGAAAGAGUUGGAUGAGGAUCCAGAGGAGCGCAUCCUCAAUGACCGGAUCAGGGAAAGCAUCCCGUUUGCAGUGGUGGGAACCGACAAGGAGCACCAGGUGAAUGGAAACAAGGUUCUGGGCCGGAAAACAAAGUGGGGGAUCAUCGAAGUGGAAAAUGUGGCGCACUGUGAGUUUGCCAACCUGAGAGAUCUGCUCAUCAGGUCUCACCUGCAGGACCUGAAAGACGUCACACACAACAUCCACUAUGAAACCUACCGCGUACGACGGCUCAACGAGAGCAACAUGAACUUCAGUGACCUGGUUCUGUCCACCUGGCCGCUGGAGAACGGAACUGACAAAUGUGAAGCAGAGAGCCACCUCUGAUCCCUCCACCCUCCGAUCAUCCACUCACAACCAGACAUGGGGAGAAGGAUGACCAUGUUUCCCACAUAAAAUACGAGAUGGAGAAAUCAUUUUCCCUUUUUUAAUACCAGGACCAAGUAGUGGAUUACUUUGUCAAUGAGAAAUUCUGUGUGAAAGAAAUGUAUUGAAAAUUGAUAUAUUUGAAUGUGAGGUGACUAUUUUCUGGAAGGAUGUUGGUGUAUCAGUCAUGGAAGCAGGCAGCAGAAAAAAUGGCACCAUGAGAGGGAAUGAACGCAUCAUCCAGGACCCCUGGAAAAAUCCUGAUUAAUGAUAAUUAUGAUGUGCAGAAUUAAAUCAGUAAACAUGUGCAGAGUGCUUUCCUGUUGCUCAUGACUCUGUAAUCUGAGUUUCUAAUCUGAAAUCAUCCAACCUGCUUCGUUUGCUUUUGAUUAUGAGCUGACAUGUCCUGGUUGCCGUUUCCUUCGUCUAACCCACCCAUAGAUCUAACAGACCGUAGGGAGUAUAAACAUAACCAUUUACCUGUAGGAUUUUUGGAGCAAUUCUUUGUUUGUUGGAUUUCUUGUGUUUAUUUGCCUCUUUUUCAUUCAGUGUGUUCACGCUGGAUAGAUCUGAAAACUGACCAUGUUGAUGUAUUCAAAGUGUUUAAGAUACCUUUUCAAAGCUUAAAGUCCACAUUAAAGUGCCAAAACAAGAGAAAAUCUGCACAUUCUCUUAUUUUUCCCCUAUUUUAGGGUAAAUAAACUCCAAAAUGAGA